AUGGUGACAAUUCUUUAUGCCCGUGUGGAAUCCACAGACGGGGUUCUCUUAGCCGAGGCUCAGGCUGUCUCGAGUAUGCACGCGGCAAGCGCCAGGAAGGUGCUCGCGAACAUCAAGGGGCCGCUUGUGGAGAGGAGGUGUGUUAUGUACAACGGCUACUCAUACGACAUCUUGCCGCACAGUGAUGGGACAGUGUACCUGUGUGUAACGGAGAAAUCAUGUGGUCGCGGAACUUCCUUUAGGUUCCUAGAGGCCGCUCAACGACGCUGCAGCUCACAGCGUAGCAAUCCUGCUAGUAUGGCUGCCGAGUUGAAGGAGGAAGUUGAUUUGUUUAACGGUGCGCAGAGCACAAGGAUACGGGAGCUUCGUUCGGAAAUAGAAACUGUCAAGGGGGCAAUGAUCGCGAAUGUGGAUAAACUGUUGUGCCGUGAAGAAAGACUCGAUACGCUGUUAUUGCAGUCUUCCGUGCUUGAGGGCGAAUCAUCGGCAUUCCGACAGAAUGCAAGGAGCUUGGAGCGCCAGUUUCUCAACCGGCGGAUUGCUAUCGGUGUCUCCGUUGCUCUAGUUGUGUUGAUUUUGCUAUUUGUGAUUAUUUUUAUGAUAUGCUCUAGGGGCGGGGCCAACUUUGACCGCUGCCGCAGCCAUUGA